AGUAUCACUACAGUGAUGAUGAAGAUGAAGAGCCUUAGCGGAUCACGAGCAGCUCUUCACAUAUUCAGGAGACACCUCCAUCAUCAGCGGUACUCUGUGGGAAUAAUAGGCGCUCCGUUCUCCAAAGGACAGCAGAAGGAUGGUGUGCAGGAAGGAGCAGACCUCAUUCGAGCCGCUGGACUGGUGCAGAAACUUAAAGGGCAAGGUUGUGUGGUGAAGGAUUAUGGGAAUGUGACAUUUGAAAACCUUCCCAACGACGAGUCCAUCGGGAGACUCAAGACCCCGAGAGCGGUGGGACGAGCAAAUGAGCUGCUUUCAGGGGCUGUGCAAAAGAUCAAGAGUGAUGGAAACACAUGCGUGAUGCUGGGAGGAGAUCACAGCCUGGCGAUCGGCUCAAUCUCUGGUCAUGCUGCAUACAGACAUGAGCUGAGUGUUUUAUGGGUGGACGCACACGCAGACAUCAACACACCUUUAACCACACCGACUGGAAAUAUUCACGGCCAGCCGAUGUCUUACCUCAUCCACGAACUGCACUCCAAGAUGCCCAAACUUCCAAAUUUCUCAUGGCUAAAGCCUUGCAUAGCAGCUCAGGAUGUUGUGUAUAUUGGACUCCGAGACGUGGACCCGGAAGAACAUUAUAUCCUUAAAUACCUGGGCAUCAAAACCUUCUCCAUGACUGAAGUUGAUCGACUUGGAAUAGCAAAAGUCAUGGAGCAGACGUGUGAUCACAUGUUUUCAAAAGUGAAGAAGCCGAUCCAUCUGAGUUUCGACAUUGAUGCGCUGGACCCGUCAGUGUCACCGGCGACUGGCACACCUGUAGCAGGAGGACUGACCUAUAGAGAGGGCAUUUACAUCACUGAGCACAUCUGCCAAACAGGGCUUCUCUCUGCUGUAGACAUGGUGGAAGUGAACCCCAAACUGGGCAGAACAGCGGACGAGAUCAAAUCAACAGUAAACGCUGCUGUGGAUCUGCUGCUGGGCUGCUUUGGACGGAUUCGCGAAGGCUCUCAUGACCCAGAUUACAAAAUGCCAAAUCCAUAA